GGUGAAAAGCUCUCACGGGGAGGAAACGAACAAUCAGGCUUGCUAGCAAGCGACUAAGCCUUCUAACAAAGGUUUUCGAUAGUGUGCAGUUUUGGGGAUAUCUCUCUUCACCUUCUUCAUUUGGACGAAGGAUAGAACAAAACGACCCUGAAACAGAAUCAUCGUCUUAUCGUUAGUAAACUAACGACGUUAACUAGUUUGCUAACUAACUCUUCCAACAAGUGAUUCACAUAAAGUUGGAGUGUAUCAACUUCGAAGGAUUCGCCAGCAAGCAGUCAGUUUUUGAUCGAGCUGCCAAGCAAACCCUGAAUAACUCAUUUGCACAUCAGUUAGCUAAUCGACAGCUAGCUCUCUGAUAAAUUUACGGGGAAAAUGAACCACGGCUACAACACCAAAACUGAGAUGGUCCCGGAGGUAGCAGCGGCAGCAGGCUUUGUGUCCAGUCUGUUGAGAACAAGAGGUUUCCUCAGUGAACAGCAACUGCAGAUAUUCAGCGACUGCCUACAACAAGCACUUUCAGAACACUACAAACACCACUGGUUCCCAGACAGGCCACAGAAAGGCUCCGGCUACCGUUGUAUCCGCAUAAACCACGAAAUGGACCCAAUCAUCAGCAAGGUCGCCAGGCGCAUCGGCCUUAACGGCCAGCAGCUAUAUCAGCUCUUGCCAAGGGAGCUGACCCUCUGGGUUGACCCUUACGAGGUGUCCUAUCGCAUCGGCGAGGAUGGCUCCAUAUGCGUGCUGUACGAGGCCGAGGUCCCCAAGGCAAACACCGUCCCCGGCAGCAGCAGCCACUCCUCUCUGCACUGCAAGAAUCACUUUCUGAUGGGCCGCACAAGCCCACCCAAGAACUACCUUAUGACCGUCUCAAGUUAAACGUGCCACACGUUCAUCGUGGGUCCCAUAGCUUGGGAUCACACACAGGCAAUGGGUGCGUCAGCGAAAGGGGAAACUUUGGCCACUGAUCAUCUCCGUUUAGUUUUUGUUUUUAACUUGGUAGCUAUAUCUUUGUUUUCUCUUCAAUAUCUAUUUAUUAAUUUUGCAGCUUUUGCUGAUUGUCUACCUUUGAAUAUGUGGGGAAAAUGACAAAAGCACUAUCGGUUCCACAAGUUCUUUUCAGUUCUUUUAGUGCCUUUGAAUUUGACCUGGUGAAAGUAAUGUUGGAUAGCUAGCCCUUGCUGUCUUUGCACUGUCUGAGCAUUCACGAUGUGAGUCUGUCCUUUAAGACUGGCUCACAGAAUGAAACUCGGACCGUUUUUAUCUUUUCUAACCUGACACUGCAUAUUUUUCUUAAGGGUUACUCUGUUCGGAUGGAUUUGCAUUUGAUAUAAAGGUGCAAUGGUGGUGCUUCAGAUGUAGAGCAUUAUAGCUUUCUUACUGUUAGAUACUUUGGCAGUGUCUGCCAAUUACCUAGACUUAAUGUGGCCUUGUUAAACUCUGACAAUUGAAUGGGUUAUUAAAAAAAGGAUAGAUGCACUACUUGUUUAAUAAUUGGGCCCAUUCUUUCCCCCUGGAAUGAAACCAAAAAUGUUUCACUGCACAUGUUUUGUGGAAAUGUUCUGCCUCUUGUUCAACUGUUAAGCAGAAUACUGCAACAGCAGUGGUGCUUCCGAUUGCUGUAAUGUUAAUCACUGCCAAAUUAUACCUUAGUAUCCGCAUUCAGGACAGUAGAACUUGAGCACUGUUUUAGAGGCAGAACAGGAUGGGGUUUGUUUCAAACUGGGUGUUUGUGCCUCAGUGGGUCUGGUAGUUGUGGGGUUUGUGUGUGUGUGUGUGUGUGGGGGGGGGGGUCAGUAGUAUAGCCAUAGAUCCUGAUGCACAGUUUUCUGGAUGCUUGGAGUUCCCUUUUCAAAGAGACCAUUGCCUGUUGGAACAAACUGUGAGGUCAUUGUGAAUUAAUUGGCCCCAAACUGACAUAUGUAUCCGUAUACUGGAGCAGGAUGUUCUCAGUAUGUAGCAUUCAUUCUCAGUGAGCUGUUGAGCAGCUGAACUUGUUUACUGUUUUUGCCAUGUAGAAUUUGUAAGCUAUGAGAAGCACAAUUUGCAUUCAGUGUAAAUUUUUUAUGGAUUUUAUGUACAUAUAGAUUCAUGUACUGUUUUGUACUCGACAAAGGAGUUUUUAAGAAAAAUAAACCUUUUAAUGACUUUAAAA